CGCUUCUCUUGCAGUAGCGCCACGAGCAGCACCAGCGCAAGCGGAACCAGGAUGCAGAGCGCCGGCAAAGCUCUCCAGGAGUUGCUCGUCGCCUCGCAGCGCCGAGGUUGCCUUACCGCCGGCGUCUAUGAAUCUGCCAAGCUGAUGAAUGUCGAUCCAGACACCGUGGCUUUCUGUGUGCUGGCUGCAGACGAGGAGGACGAGGGAGACAUUGCCCUCCAGAUCCACUUUACCCUCAUCCAGGCUUUCUGCUGCGAAAACGACAUCGACAUUGUGAGAAUAAAUGACAUCCAGAAACUGGCUGCCAUCGUGGGUGCCGGGGAGGAAUCUGGGGAGCCCAGAGAUCUGCACUGCAUUCUCAUUACGAAUCCCAACGAGGAUGCCUGGAAAGAUCCAGCCUUGGACAAGUUGAACUUGUUUUGUGAGGAGAGUCGAAAUGUGAAUGACUGGGUGCCCAAUAUUGCCCUUCCUGAGUGAUGGAGGCUGACCAUCCAAUGCAUAGAAGAGGUUCACACCUUUUGUUGCAUUCCCUCUGUCCUGGAGUUAUACAUCUGGGCAACCCAACAAGUGGCUGAUUCUGGAGAUUAGCCCGGUCAACAGCUUGGAUUAAGUCGCUCAGUCAGCACACGGUGGGAUCUUGUGGAGAAGAGGAGGGACGGGGAUGGCUCAUGCCAACAGGAAGUCCCCACUAAAUUGCAGUUGGUAAGGAAGCUGACACGUCUGGAGCUGAAAAAGUAUCUCAUGUUUUAAGGAGCAGAAGAAAAAGAAAAACUGUUGCAGGUUUCCAAGCGAGACGAAAAGUUUGGUAGCAAAAUAGGGGAGAAAGUUGGAAAACUGGAUACAAAAGUGGCAUGUGAAUAAUAUGUGGACACUGUAAUCAGGAAUGGUUGAUGGGGGUACUCAAAAGUCCCCAAAAAGACUCUUAAGCAUAGUACACAUUGGUACCAUUGCAUUGAUAUAAAAAGUUUUAAUGAAGACUGAUCUAUCAGAGGCCUUUGGACUAUAUUCUACAUUGAAGAUCAAUUUUGCAAUAAUUAUUUUUGAUUUAAAUUGAUGUUGCUGUUGAAGAUCUUAUAUAUUUUGUA